UCUAAAAAAAUAUUGAACUUUUUUUGGGAGUUGAUCAGUAGAUAAUGGGGGGCUCUUCGCCAUGUGCGUCUUGCAAACUGCUGAGGCGUCGAUGCGCCAAGGACUGCAUCUUUGCUCCUUACUUCCCUUCCGAAGAUCCUCAUAAGUUCGCCAUUGUUCAUAAAGUCUUUGGUGCAAGCAAUGUUAGCAAAAUGUUGCAGGAGCUCCCGAUUGAGCAGAGGGCGGAUGCUGUAAGCAGCUUAGUUUAUGAAGCAAACGCAAGAGUGAGGGACCCGGUGUAUGGAUGCUUAGGUGCCAUAUCCUACCUUCAAAAUCAAGUUUCACACUUACAAAUGCAGCUGGCGGCGGCUCAGACCGAGAUACUUUGCAUUCAGAUGCAGCACGAGUCAACUCAGAUCGAUAUACACCAACCCACUAAUAAUAACUUAGAUACCAUCUCCCGAUACCUUAACUUUUCUUCUUCUACCAAUGUAAUCCAAGGCCCUGUACCUCUCAAGAGAGAGUCUCUUUGGAUUUGA